GCUUAUGGGGUGCCCCAACCAGUUGCCCGUGCCAGCUGGCUGCCACAUGGUGCAGAGCCCCCGGGUGCCCCGACACCCCCACUGCUGCUAUGGCAGCCUGGCUGGGCAUCAACAUCUUCCUCUUCACCUACUACUUUCUGUUUUUUGACCGGGACGAGCGGUAUUUCUACACCAGGGCCAUCCUUGGGUCUGCCUUGGCAUGGGCUCGAGCAUCAGCCAAGUGCCUCAACUUCAACAGCAUGCUGAUCCUGCUGCCCGUCUGCCGCAACCUGCUGUCCUUCCUCCGUGGGACCUGCUCGUGCUGCAGGCGGACCUUGCGGAAGCAGCUGGACCACAACCUCACCUUCCACAAGCUGGUGGCCUAUGCACUGGCCCUGCUCACAGCUGUGCACACCAUCGCCCACCUCUUCAACCUGGAGCGCUACAACCAGAGCCAACAAGCCACUGAUGGCAGCCUCGCUGCUGUCCUCUCCAAGAUGCACCUGCAGGGCAGCGAGUGGCUGAACCCCAUCCACUCCAGCCAGACGACCGUCGAGUACGUGGCUUUCACGACCAUCCCGGGGCUCACGGGGGUGAUCAUCACGCUGGCACUCAUCCUCAUGGUCACGUCCUCCACCGAGUUCAUCCGCAGGAACUACUUUGAGCUCUUCUGGUACACACACCACCUCUUCCUCGUCUACUUCGCUGGCCUCGUCAUCCACGGCAUCGCUGGGCUGGUGCGUGGGCAGACGGAGCAGAGCAUGGCAGAGGUGCACCCCUAUGACUGCGCCAAGUACCUCACACAGCGGGAGCAGAACUGCACCCACAGCUGCUGCAAAGACCCCGAGUUUGGGAGCAUCCCUGCCGAGUCCUGGAAGUGGGUUCUUGCCCCCAUCAUCCUCUAUGUCUUUGAGCGGCUCCUGCGGGUCUGGCGUGCUCAGCAGAAGGUGGUUGUCAAAAAGGUGGUCAUGCACCCUGCCCGCGUGCUGGAGCUGCAGAUGCAGAAGAAGGGCUUCCGCAUGGAGGUGGGGCAGUACAUCUUCGUCAACUGCCCCGCCAUAUCCGCGCUGGAGUGGCACCCCUUCACCCUCACCUCUGCACCCGAGGAGGACUUCUUCUCCAUCCACAUCCGGGCAGCCGGCGACUGGACAGAGCGUCUCAUCGACACUUUCCAGCUGGAAACGCCCAGGGUCGAGGUGGAUGGUCCCUUUGGCACAGCCAGUGAAGAUGUGUUCCAGUACGAGGUGGCCAUGCUGGUUGGAGCAGGCAUUGGUGUCACCCCCUUCGCCUCCAUCCUCAAGUCCAUCUGGUACAAGUUCCAGCAGGGUGACCAGACCCUCAAGACCAAGAAGAUCUAUUUCUACUGGCUGUGCCGGGACACAGGAGCCUUUGCCUGGUUCAACGACCUGCUUGGCUCCCUGGAGCAGAAGAUGGCUGAGUCGGGCAAGGCAGACUUCCUCACCUACCGUCUCUUCCUCACUGGCUGGGACACCAGCAUUGCCAACAACGUGGCACUCCACUUCGACACUGCUACGGACACAGUGACGGGCCUCAGGCACAAAACCAUCUUUGGGCGGCCCAUGUGGAACACGGAGUUUGCAGCGGUGGCUGCAGCCCACCCCAGGUCAGUGGUUGGUGUGUUCCUCUGUGGGCCGGAGGCCUUGGCAAAGAGCCUGCAGAAGUCUUGUCACCAACACUCCAGCCUGGACCCCAGAAAGGUCAAAUUCUACUUCAACAAGGAAAACUUUUAAGUGGCAGCGAGGCUGGUGCCCCAGCGGGCAGGACCCUGACUGUACUGCCUCAAGCCUUUCCAAAGCAAGGCCAGGGAUAAACAUCUGUGCAUGCACUGAAGCCAAGCUGGACACAGCAAGGUACUCUGUCUCCAUGAGAAACUCCAGGUUCAAAGACUGCUGCCUGCCUGUCCUGGUGUACAAGGGGUCCUCAUGGAGCAAGUGGGCCUGUAGCUCCACCCAGCCCCUCACUGGAAACCAGAGCCACGUUCUGUGAUG